GCGACGCAGGGACGGCAGAUGCCUGGAAAUAAAAAUUUGAUGAUUGCAUGCAGCGGCUGGAGAGACUCUGUCGGUGGCGGCGGCGGGGACGCAGCAGGGACCGGGGGGGCGACGGCAAAAUGAAGUAUCAGAAAUACCUGACUGUCUUGCAGAUGGCCAUCGGGGUGACCGCCUCCAACCGGGGCAGCCUCAUGCCCUUAAAGAGGAAGCUCUGGGUAACGCCAUCCUCUGAAAAUCCCACUGGCUCUAAUUGUAGUAUAAGCCAAGGAAAGCCUUCUCUAAGAAGAAUAAAAGGGAGAAUACAUAGAAGCAAAAGCCUUGAUAGCCUUGAUUUCUGUGAGUUCAAUAGCACAACAAUGGAAGAAACAGCUAUAUGGGAACAACACACAGUGACGCUUCACAGGGCUCCUGGAUUUGGAUUUGGUAUUGCAAUAUCUGGUGGAAGAGAUAAUCCUCACUUCCAGAGUGGAGAAACAUCUAUUGUUAUUUCCGAUGUGCUCAAAGGAGGCCCAGCAGAAGGACUACUACAGGAGAAUGACCGUGUUGCAAUGGUCAAUGGUGUUUCUAUGGAUAAUGUGGAGCAUGCUUUUGCUGUUCAGCAGCUGAGGAAAAGUGGUAAAAAUGCCAAAAUUACAAUCCGAAGAAUGAAAAAAGUUCAGAUUCCGGUAACUCGGACAGAUCCAGACCCGGUCUCGGAAAACGAUGAGGACAGCUAUGAAGAGGAUACACACGACCCCAGAAGUUCCCGCGGAGCUUCAAGUGUGAGUCGGAGGCACGAGAAGAGCUGGGUGAGGGACCGAAGUGCAAGCAGGGAAAGAAGUUUAUCGCCGAGGUCGGAUAGGAGGUCGGUGGCUUCCAGCCAGCCUGCAAAACCUACAAAAGUCACACUGGUGAAAUCCAGGAAGAAUGAAGAAUAUGGAUUACGCCUAGCCAGCCACAUAUUUGUGAAAGAAAUAUCCCAAGACAGUCUGGCAGCAAGAGAUGGCAAUAUUCAGGAAGGUGACGUCGUACUGAAGAUAAACGGAACAGUCACGGAAAAUAUGUCAUUGACAGAUGCCAAGACCCUAAUAGAAAGGUCAAAGGGCAAGUUGAAGAUGGUGGUUCAAAGGGAUGAACGAGCAACUUUGCUGAAUGUCCCAGAUCUUUCUGAUAGUAUUCACUCAGUCAAUGCUUCAGAAAGAGAUGACAUUUCAGAAAUUCAGUCGCUGGCAUCCGAUCAUUCCAACCGAUCACAUGACAGGCCCCGCCGCAGUCGUUCACGAUCUCCUGACCAGAGGUCAGAGCCUUCAGACCAUUCCAGACAUUCUCCACAGCAGCCCAGCAAUGGCAGUCUCCGAAGUAGAGAUGAUGAAAGAAUAGCAAAGCCAGGAGCAGUCUCCACACCUGUGAAAAAUGUAGAGGAACCCACAAUUUCCAAAUCACUGGAAGAAUCUGUAACGGAGAGAAAUGAUAAGCAGACUCCGCCACUUCCUGAACCAAAACCAGUCUAUGCACAGGCGGGUCAGCCAGAUGUGGAUUUACCUGUUAGUCCAUCCGAUGGCCCUCUUCCAAACUCAACCCAUGAAGAUGGAAUGCUUCGGCCAAGCAUGAAGCUUGUGAAAUUCAAAAAAGGAGACAGUGUGGGCUUGCGGCUGGCUGGUGGCAAUGAUGUGGGGAUAUUCGUAGCUGGUGUUCUAGAGGAUAGCCCUGCUGCCAAAGAAGGCUUGGAAGAAGGAGAUCAGAUUCUCAGGGUGAAUAACGUAGACUUCACAAAUAUCAUCAGGGAGGAAGCAGUACUGUUUCUGCUUGACCUCCCUAAAGGGGAAGAGGUAACAAUUUUGGCACAGAAGAAAAAGGAUGUUUAUCGGCGCAUUGUGGAGUCAGACGUAGGAGAUUCUUUUUAUAUAAGAACUCAUUUUGAAUAUGAGAAGGAAUCUCCCUACGGACUUAGCUUCAACAAAGGAGAGGUGUUUCGAGUGGUGGAUACAUUAUACAAUGGCAAGCUUGGAUCCUGGCUGGCUAUUCGGAUUGGCAAGAAUCACAAAGAGGUGGAAAGAGGCAUUAUACCCAACAAAAACAGAGCUGAGCAACUGGCUAGCGUGCAAUACACCCUUCCAAAGACAGCUGGUGGGGACCGUGCAGAUUUCUGGAGGUUUCGGGGCCUACGUAGCUCGAAAAGAAACCUCAGGAAAAGCAGAGAGGACCUUUCUGCCCAGCCAGUUCAGACCAAGUUUCCUGCAUAUGAGAGAGUUGUUCUUCGAGAAGCUGGAUUUCUCAGGCCUGUAACAAUCUUUGGACCAAUUGCAGAUGUUGCACGGGAGAAACUGGCAAGAGAAGAACCAGAUAUUUAUCAGAUUGCAAAAAGUGAACCAAGGGAUGCUGGUACAGACCAGCGUAGUUCAGGCAUUAUUCGUCUGCACACAAUCAAACAAAUAAUUGACAGAGACAAGCACGCCUUAUUAGAUGUCACUCCAAAUGCAGUGGACCGCCUGAAUUACGCACAGUGGUAUCCCAUUGUGGUGUUCUUGAACCCUGAUUCAAAGCAGGGCGUAAAGACUAUGAGGAUGAGGCUCUGCCCAGAAUCCCGGAAAAGUGCCAGAAAGUUAUAUGAGAGGGCCCACAAGUUACGGAAAAACAACCACCACCUCUUCACAGCUACUAUUAACUUGAAUUCAAUGAAUGAUGGCUGGUAUGGAGCUCUUAAGGAAGCAAUUCAGCAUCAGCAGAAUCAGCUGGUGUGGGUUUCAGAAGGAAAGGCAGAUGGUGCUACUAGCGACGACCUCGACCUCCACGACGAUCGCCUGUCCUACCUGUCGGCUCCCGGCAGCGAGUACUCCAUGUACAGCACAGACAGCAGACACACCUCUGACUACGAGGACACAGACACAGAAGGCGGGGCCUACACAGACCAGGAGCUGGAUGAGACACUCAACGAUGAUGUCGGGACUCCUCCUGAAUCAGCCAUUACCCGGUCCUCUGAACCCGUGAGAGAAGAUACAUCAGGGGUGCAUCAUGAUAGUCAGCCAUACGUUCCUUAUGCUGCCGCUCAAGCUCAACCGCAACCAAACCACCGGAUAGAGUCUCCUGGGUUUAAAACAAGUGCUGCUCAACCGAAAGCAGAAGCCUCACCUGCAGCCCCCUACCUUUCCCCGUCGCCAGAAACAAACCCUUCAGCCUCAUCAACUUCUGCUGUUAACCCCAGUCUAAGUCUCACUAAUGUCAGGCUGGAGGAGCCUGGCAUGGCUUCUUACAACUCUUACCAACCACAAGCUGGCCCCCUAAGAACACCUGGCACUGAGGCACCUCACAUAAUGCUCAGAGAACAAGAGCCGCCGUCCUUAUCGCCGCAUAUAGAUCCAACAAAGAUGUACAGGAAGGACCCAUUCAGCAACGAGGAAGCCCCUCGGCCGAACUAUGUCUUGAAGCAGCCAGCCCAGAGGCAGGAGAAGGACUCCAAUCUGACCUAUGACCCUCAGGCCCAGUACACAGAGAAGCAAGCUAGCAGAGAUUAUGAACCACUGGCCUACAGGUAUGACUCCUCAAACUACGUGGACCAGUUUCCCCGUGGCUAUGACCCUCGUCUUCAUUACGAGGAGCGUGUCCCUCCCUAUGAUGACCAUUGGACCUAUUACGACGAGAACCAGCCCUAUCAGCCCCGGCCACCUUACAGCAACCAACCUCCCAGAGAGUUUGAUCCCCGGCAGAACAUAGAAGAGAGCACAGAACACAGCUGCUACUUUCCAGCACAACCUCGCUUUGAAGAGCCGCCUCCCCUGGCUUACGACAGCAGGCCCCGCUAUGAGCACGCAGCUAAAAACUUCAACGCCACUCAGCUGAGGUAUGAAGAGCAGUCCACUGCUGCUUAUGAGGUUCACGGAAGAUACAAAACAGAGACUCAAGCCUUCCCCCCAGCAGCGCCCAGGUCCCCUGAGCCCAAGCAUUACUUUGAGCCCCAGCCCAGAGGCUUUGAGCAAGGUCCCCCGCAAGGGUUCAGUGCAAAAGUGGGACAGUACGAGCCUCCUCACGGCACUGCAGGUGCGCACCCUCCCCUCCCAUUGCAAAGUAAAUCAGAAGUUCUGCCUGCCAACAGUAAACCACUGCCUACCCAACCAGCCGAGGAGGAAGAUGACCCAGCCAUGAAGCCGCAAUCAGUGCUGACAAGGGUUAAAAUGUUUGAAAACAAAAGAUCGUCAUCACUGGAAAAAAUUAAGGACUCCAAUGAUGUUCCAGUAGUCAAGCAACCUCCAGAGCUUGCACCUAAACCUAAUAUCGCCCCAAUGAGUGGUCCGAAACCAGUCUCCCAAAAUCAAUAUGAGCAUGACAAACCAGCUUACAGGGCACCAGAACCACAAAGACCUCAAGCGAAGCCCCCUGAGGACAUAGUUCGGGCGAACCACUACGACCCUGAGGAGGAUGAGGAAUACUACCGCAAGCAGCUCUCCUAUUUCGACCGUCGGAGUUAUGAAAACAAGCCUGCUGCCCAGGUCCCUGCUGGCCACCUGGCGGAGCCUGCGAAACCAGGCCAUCUCCAUAAUCAGCUGAACUACACAAACUACCCUCCAAAGGGGAAGCCAGUAGACGUGGAGCCUCUGGACAGGGCUGUUGGCGAAAAGCGCUAUGAGCCAGUUCCUCAAGUGACAGCCCCUCCCCCUGCACCCCCCGGACAGUACACCCAGCCGCAGCCUGGGAAUAACCCCAUUGUGUCUCUGCAGCCCAAGUCUGCACUUGCUGAAGUCAACUCUGUGUCAGACUUUCAGAAUUCCACCCUGUCCAAGCCCGAGCCACCUCCGCCUCAGAACAAGCCAGCUGCUUUCCGGUCUGCCAGCCGAGAAGACACUGUGCAGUCCACUUACUACCCUCAGAAAAGUUUCCCUGACAAAGGCCCGGUGAAUGGGACAGAGCAGAUCCCAAAGACGGUCACCCCUGCUUAUAACCGCUUCACGACAAAACCUUACACAAGUGCUGCCCGGCCAUUUGAACGCAAGUUUGAAAGCCCAAAGUUUAACCACAACCUCCUGCCAGAUGAGAAUCUGCAUAAGCUGGAGUUGCCAUCCAAAUCUCAAAAUUCUCCCCAGCCAGUUUUAAAAGCACACAGCUCGGCUCAACCCCAGCCCGAGUUUGACAAUACAAUGGAGACAUUCUCUGUCCAGGCCGACAAGCUCAAAUAUCAACCAAAUAACAUCAACGCUGUGCCUAAAGCCAUUCCUGUCAGUCCUUCUGCUUUGGAAGAUGACGAUGAAGAGGAUGGACACACUGUAGUAGCCACAGCAAGAGGAGUUUUUAACAGCAACGGUGGCGUGCUCAGCUCCAUAGAGACUGGCGUUAGCAUUAUUAUACCACAAGGAGCCAUUCCAGAGGGGAUAGAGCAAGAGAUCUAUUUCAAGGUCUGCCGAGAUAACAGUAUCCUCCCUCCUUUAGACAAAGAGAAAGGUGAAACGCUACUCAGCCCUUUGGUCAUGUGUGGGCCCCAUGGACUAAAAUUCCUGAAACCUGUGGAGCUGCGCUUGCCACAUUGUGCGUCUAUGACCCCUGAUGGUUGGUCUUUUGCUCUAAAAUCCUCCGACUCCUCGUCGGGUGACCCCAAAACCUGGCAGAACAAGUCUCUUCCUGGGGAUCCAAACUAUCUUGUUGGAGCAAAUUGUGUUUCGGUUCUGAUAGAUCACUUCUAACCCUUUCGUUAGCAGACCAAACCAAGAUUUUAAAAGCAGAGCAAAACAAAAACACCUUGCCUAGAAACUGAACCAAUCUUUUUUCAAGUAUUAAGAGUUAUCUUAGUGUUAAGCAAUCUUUGCUUUGACUAACAACGGAUAAUGAGUACGUUCCUGAACCAUGGUCAGGUCAGGGUUUAUGCUGUUAAGCAGCAGGGCAGAUCAGCCAGGGACCAAGGCAAGGUUCUUAUGGGUUCCCUCUGGCUUUCCUUAACUGGACACUUCUAAUGCAUCAUAGCUUAAAACUCACUCAACUACCACUGAAGCAAUGCAAUUCAUUAUUAUUUUCAGGUGAACUGGCAUUUAGUUAGCGGUCCACUACUGAAUUAGGUCAUUUUUCUUUCUAAAGCUUUUUUUCCUCUCUCUCUCUUUUUUAUAUAAACAAAACACUUUAAUGUGUGUGUUCAGAAUAUGCAAAGACUCUUUUUCUUUUUUAAAAAACAAACAAUUUUUUUGAUGCAUUUUGCCCACAAGGUGGAAAUUAAAAAAUUGGCCAGCACAAUAUAGAAAAUUCCUCCUCUGUUGAGAAGGGAGAGUUACAUGCACGUCUACUUUGAUUGUACAUGAAACACACUUUUUUCCUUUUGUUAUGGGGAAAGAGCGCAUGUGGUAUGACUAUGGUUCAUUUGCCUCUGUGGAUCUGUAAAUUAACCACAUCUACAACAGACACGUUAACCAGCAGCCUUACCCUCAUGUUUUUUACUAGUCUUAGCUGUCAUCGUAGUUCUCCGUACUACUAAGUUUGUAUGGCUUCUGUGCUUACUUAGAUUAAUACAUAUUGAGAGGGGUUGAAAAAUUAAUUCAUUUUGUGAACUUGCUGAUUUCGAGAAAGAGGGAGAGAGAACUAGGCACACUUGUUUUUGUGUGGAUCAACCAGAGGAGAAACCUGAAGAACAUGAUGGUAUGUUUUCUGCUAUGCAUUUUGAAAAUUUAUAGAUGUUAUAGAUUGCUUGUAUAUAACUCGUGCAGACCACUUUUGUUCUUGGUUUGUAAAUUAACUUUUAUAAGCUUUACCUUUUUAUAUAUAUAAAUAUAUAUAAAAAUACAAAACAAACGUUUCUUAAUAUCUUUGUAUUCUCAUACCUUUUGAGCCUUGAACUUUGACAUCUUGCAGCAAUAAAGCAGCAUUUCUACAGUACGUGAAAACAAGGACUUUUUAAAAAAAGAAAAUGCACAAAGUUCUUACCUUUUUAAGUGCUGCAUUUAAAGACUAACUCAGAAGUCUAUAGUUUGAUUACAUUCUUGGAGAAUAAAAGUAUCCCUACUGUAAUUUGUGAUAAGGAUGCUGUACUAUGUGCCCUGAAAUGUAUUUUUUUACUAAUAGACAAUUUAUUAUGGCACAUCAGCACUAUCUCUGUUUAGAUAAUAUACCACUGCAUUCUGUUAAUCAGUUAUUUAGCUAUUCAGGUGUGGCUGAUUUUUUUCUUUCUUUGCCGUUAUUAAAAAUUACACAUUUCUAAGUAUACAGAAUAAAAACUGUUUUUAAAA